AUGGAGGAAGGUGGUGAUUUUGACAACUACUAUGGGGCAGACAACCAGUCUGAGUGUGAGUACACAGACUGGAAAUCCUCGGGGGCCCUCAUCCCUGCCAUCUACAUGUUGGUCUUCCUCCUGGGCACCACGGGCAACGGUCUGGUGCUCUGGACCGUGUUUCGGAGCAGCCGGGAGAAGAGGCGCUCGGCUGAUAUCUUCAUCGCCAGCCUGGCAGUGGCUGACCUGACCUUCGUGGUGACGCUGCCCCUGUGGGCUACCUACACGUACCGGGACUAUGACUGGCCCUUUGGGACCUUCUCCUGCAAGCUCAGCAGCUACCUCAUCUUUGUCAACAUGUACGCCAGCGUCUUCUGCCUCACCGGCCUCAGCUUCGACCGCUACCUGGCCAUCGUGAGGCCAGUGGCCAACGCUCGGCUGAGGCUGCGGGUCAGCGGGGCCGUGGCCACGGUGGUCCUGUGGGUGCUGGCCGCCCUCCUGGCCAUGCCUGUCAUGGUGUUCCGCACCACCGGGGACCUGGAGAACACCACCAAGGUGCAGUGCUACAUGGACUACUCCAUGGUGGCCACUGUGAGCUCGGAUUGGGCCUGGGAGGUGGGCCUGGGGGUCUCGUCCACCACCGUGGGCUUCGUGGUGCCCUUCACCAUCAUGCUGACCUGUUACUUCUUCAUCGCCCAAACCAUCGCUGGCCACUUCCGCAAGGAGCGCAUCGAGGGCCUGCGGAAGCGGCGCCGGCUGCUCAGCAUCAUCGUGGUGCUGGUGGUGACCUUUGCCCUGUGCUGGAUGCCCUACCACCUGGUGAAGACGCUGUACAUGCUGGGCAGCCUGCUGCACUGGCCCUGUGACUUUGACCUCUUCCUCAUGAACGUCUUCCCCUACUGCACCUGCAUCAGCUACGUCAACAGCUGCCUCAACCCUUUCCUCUAUGCCUUCUUCGAUCCCCGCUUCCGCCAGGCCUGCACCUCCAUGCUCUGCUGUGGCCAGAGCAGAUGUGCGGGCACCUCCCACAGCAGCAGUGGGGAGAAGUCAGCCAGCUACUCUUCGGGGCACAGCCAGGGGCCUGGCCCCAACAUGGGCAAGGGUGGAGAACAGAUGCACGAGAAAUCCAUCCCCUACAGCCAGGAGACCCUUGUGGUUGACUAG